UCUGAGCGUCAGUGUGAGGCGAACAGCACCAUGACUGCGGACGCGUACGACGUGAUUGUGAUUGGCGGAGGCAUCUCAGGUCUGAGUGCCGCCAAGCUGUUGGUGCAGAGCGGCCUGAAUCCUGUGCUCCUGGAAGCCAGAAAUCGCGUUGGUGGAAGAACCUACACCGUUCAGAAUAAGGAGACGAAAUGGGUUGAUCUGGGAGGAGCGUACAUUGGGCCCACUCAAAACCGCAUCCUGAGAAUAGCCAAACAAUACGGCGUGAAAACAUACAAAGUCAACGAGGAGGAGUCUUUGGUUCACUAUGUGAAGGGCAAAUCAUAUGCAUUCAAAGGGCCUUUUCCUCCGGUGUGGAACCCUCUUGCAUACCUGGACUACAACAACCUCUGGAGGACGAUGGACAAGAUGGGGAUGGAGAUUCCUAAAGAAGCUCCAUGGAGGGCCCCUCAUGCUGAAGAGUGGGACAAGAUGACCAUGCAUCAACUCUUUGACCAGAUUUGCUGGACCAGGGCCGCUCGCCGCUUUGCCACUCUGUUCGUCAAUGUGAACGUGACCUCUGAGCCCCAUGAGGUGUCUGCUCUGUGGUUCCUUUGGUACAUCAAGCAGUGUGGAGGCACCAUGAGAAUCUUCUCUACCACGAAUGGAGGCCAGGAGCGCAAGUUUGCCGGAGGUGCCAAUCAAAUCAGUGAGGCGAUGGCGAGAGAGCUGGGUGACCGUGUGAAGCUGGACAGAGCUGUCUACAGCAUUGACCAGACUGGAGACCUCGUGGAGGUCAGGACAGUUAAUGAGGAGAUAUACAAGGCCAAAUAUGUUAUACUUGCCAUACCACCAGGGCUGAACUUGAAGAUCCAUUUCAACCCUGAACUGCCCCCUCUGAGGAACCAGCUCAUUCAUAGGGUCCCCAUGGGCUCAGUCAUCAAAUGCAUGGUGUACUACAAAGAGGACUUCUGGAGGAAGAAGGGAUACUGUGGCAGCAUGGUGAUCGAAGAGGAAGAAGCACCUAUUAGUCUCACUCUUGACGACACUAAGCCUGAUGGGUCUGUGCCUGCUAUAAUGGGUUUCAUCCUGGCACGGAAAUCCAGAAAAUUAGCAGGCCUGACGAAAGAGGAGAGAAAGAGCAGGAUCUGUGAGAUUUAUGCUCGCGUGCUGGGCACAGAAGAAGCAUUACAUCCUGUGCACUACGAGGAGAAAAACUGGUGUGAGGAGGAGUACUCUGGUGGCUGCUACACUGCCUGCUUCCCCCCGGGUGUCAUGACACAGUAUGGCAGGGUGUUGAGGGAGCCAGUGGGCAGGCUGUACUUUGCAGGAACUGAAACAGCCACAGAGUGGAGCGGUUACAUGGAGGGGGCCGUGCAAGCUGGAGAGAGAGCAAGUAGAGAAAUUUUGUGUGCAAUGGGAAAACUCCAUGCGAGUCAGAUCUGGCAGCCAGAGCCUGAAUCAUUGGAUAUCCCGGCCCAGCCGUUUGUCACCACAUUUUGGGAAAGAAACCUGCCAUCCGUUGGGGGAUUACUCAAGUUCAUGGGCGUGUCCUCCUUCCUGGCUCUGGCCACAGCAGCAGGAGUGGUUGCCUGCAAGAAGGGGCUCCUCCCACAGAGCUAAAGCCCCUCCCACUUUCACAGCCUGUUCUCUACAAGCUGGCCUUGUGAUUGUGACGUUCAGUCACCUAAUCACAGUCAUAAUGCCAUCUGGGUAUGUGGCCCGAGUUACUUAGAUGAGAUUUUACACACAAUUACAUUGUUAAAAAUUAACCACGUGAUUGUUAUGGCUUAAUGAGUAGCUGGUAAUUGUUAAUAUGGGAAUUGCCCUGUCAAAGAAUUCACAAACUGUCCUUAUUAAAUGAACCGAACGUGUGACAUUCCA